UUGAUCAGUGCGAUCAUGUCGUGAUAGAAUAGCCAAAAAACGGUUGAAAAAGUGUGACAAUUUCCGCUGUGUGAUCGCAUCAACCAAUCCAAGGUGUUAAAAAUGCAGAAAAUAUUCCCUGAGACGUGAGACUUGUUGGUCAAUUGUGAUAUCGCGACGCUAUGGCUUCAUCUCAGGAUCAUCACAGUGAAUUAUCUACCCCACCAGUUGGGGAUUCAGUGGGAUAUGGGCAACAACAGUCACCUCCACAGCAGGAUCAACUCCCAUGCUCCUGUUCCUUACAUCAUCACCAUCAGCACAACUUUCACCCUCACGCAUCAUCCCACCAUCAUCACCAUCCACAGCUUCAUCAUCAUUGUGACAGUGCCAGUGGCCUCCAGGAUGCCAUUAUCCAUCCGUACGGUUGCUCAGGAGCUCCCAGUCUCAUUUCCGCCACUCCGGGAGCCACUUGUGACUGCCCUGCAGACAUUCAGAGUGCUUGCAUGCAUCAAGAACCAACUAGUGGACGUAGCUCUAGGAUAAUGUCGGCAGAUGAAAACAAUCCCAGCGGCUCCGAGGACUCUGGACGAAAGUGCUCGACUCGAGCCACCAUGAGUGGUGCCCUUCUGGACGACAGUCGGAUGUGUUCACAUGUGAGGAAAGAAUGUGGCCAAGUGGCAGCCAAUUUGCGUCCUCAGACUCCCGAUGAGCGCAAAUAUGCCAGCCGCAUUGAGGUGUAUAGCGAUGGAACGGAUUCUGGUGUCAAGGGGGCAGAUGGAACAGCAUCAGAGGAUGAUCAGCGUCCACCACUUCCGCCCAGACCACCUCGACCACGUACAACAGCAGCUCCCAGGCUAAAUGACACGGGUGAGUCCUCAAUUUCCCAUUCCUAUACACCCAUUGGAUCUGACGUCCUCUCCAACAUGCCGCAUACACAGGGCUCAACAAAGACCUUUCCGGGGGGACCAUUGAGUUUUCAAAACCAUUUACCAAUUCAGGAAAUUAUCACACUUUGUAAUGUUUCCUGUUAACCCCUCGACAGUCAAAAGCACCACCAAAAUGCUGUACGGUUGACUUUUAAUCCCAAUUCUGCGUUAGCAUUUAAAUUGAUAAUUUUCUGGUUGAAAAUGCACAGACUUAAUCUUCUUUAAUCCCUAUGGUCUCUCUCUAUAUUUUUUUUCCACACGGAAAUUAGAGCAUUGUCGAGGCCUGAAAAUUUCAGCACGGAACAUUAUCAACAUGUGAUGGUAAAUUUUCCACCUUGCGGAUCAGAAUAGUAGAAGUAAGGGUGGAUAAACACAAAAAAAAAAUGUCUCUUGAGUCAUCAAUAUUCUGGUCAAAGUGUAGUCCAUUGUCGAUAGUUGACUUGGCAGAGAAAAUCUCUUCUGAUCAAAUCACUUGUAAGUUCUUUUCUGGGUGUCAGGGUGCUUUCUGUUGAGGAUGGAGGAAAUUGUCUUGAGUAUCCUCGAAGACUGAAUAACAGCUCAAGCAGGAAGCCAAUAAAGUGUUCGUAUAUUCUGCCACCAAAUGACCAUAAACUCACAAUUCCCUGGCAAUUUUCCAAAUGCCACAUGUUUUAGGAUUUCAGAACAGUUUGUUGAUGAGAAUUUUCUCUAUAUAUGUAUGUAAUUUAGUUUGUACUUCUUUAGUUUUUCUCGUGUUUGAACAUUAUCUUUAUCCUUCUUUGUAUUUUUUUUAUUCAUAC